AUGGCUCCGAAGAGGAAGAGAACAUCACCGGCAACGUCUUACCAGGUCUUCCUGAGCUUCAGAGGACCCGACACCCGCCAGGGAUUCACAGAUGUCCUUUACCAUGCUCUUGUAGAUGCCGGGAUUCGUGUAUUCAGAGACAAUGAGGAGAUCCGUAAAGGCAAGUAUAUCGGCGAGGAGAUCCUGAGAGCCAUCGAGGACUGCAGGAUCUUUGUGCCCAUCUUCUCCAGGACCUAUGCUUUCAGUAAGUGGUGCCUCAUUGAGCUCGCAACAAUGGUGGAGUCCAAGGAGAAAUCAAGCGGCGGUAAAAAGAUCCUGCCCAUUUUCUAUGAUGCGAGCGUCGAUGAUGUCAAGCUUGAGACGGAGUUGUACGCUGAAGCUCUAUCAAUACACAGGGAGAAGUUCAGUCCCAACACAGUGCAGCAGUGGGAGAAGGCUCUUUGA